CUUGUCUAUAUAAUAUAGUGCAUACGUGUAUAUUGAAAUUCUUUGCAGUUUCGUGUCAUUUUUAUUGUUUGUUUUAAAUUAUAUUGAAAUUGUUUGGGUUUUCAAUACAAUUGCGCGGCUAGCCACCCAGUGCCGAGCUCAGUCGCUGCAGAGAUACGAUAACGACUUGUCGCAAAGUUCGCAAUACGCGCAUGAAAACAAAUACAAAUCUUACACACUCAGCGCCGCAGUAAUUAACUGAAUAUUGUAAAUUUGGUAAUUUUGUAGUCUUUAGGUGGUUUCAAAUACCAGUUUAGAGUUUGUAAGUAAAAUUUUUGAAAACCGUACUGGAGUGAGUGUGUGCGCAUUAAAAAACUAUUUAUGCUGAAAGCUAACGAUUUUCUUCAAAAUAAUAAAUAAAUACAUUUCCUAAAAAAAAAAUAAAAAACAAAAAACAAGUAAGGAAGUUUUCAGUUCGGGUGUAACCGAACAUUUUAUUCUCUCGCAACUUGCAAGGAUCAAAGCCCGGCACAAACACCAUAAUAAGUUGACCUACCAAUAGCACCGUUAUAACUACGCACAUCGGACAAUAUGCAAGGAUUCGGAAAGCAACCACUCAAUCUUCUGGCGCUACUCAUGGGACUCGUUUGUUUUAGUCUAACUGAUCCUGCUAGCGCUUAUAGCCAAAUGGUCACCAAUACAUAUAGCCAAACCAUAGCCGGCGAUGUUCUUGUUUACCUGAAUGCCACGUACUGGCGUUGUGAUCUCGUCUUAUGUCCCGCAGGUACGGAUCGAUGCGUGGUGACGAAAUCUAGAUCGCCUACAGAACCGAAAGAUUUAAUACGACGCAAUAUCUGUGUGUCCGCCAACAACGAGAGACUUGUCGAUGAGUCGGUUACUGAGCCAAUUAAGCAAUAUGAAGACAAUAAUUUCAAAUUAUUUGUGAGCAGCAGCGGUGCGUCUGUAUUGCAAGACUCCUCCUAUUCAAACACCUAUACAUCAUAUUCAAGUUCAUCUGCUACUGCGACUGCUGCUGAAAAAGCUGCUGUAAAAGCUGCUGUAAAAGCUGCUAAAGAAGCUGCUGCGGAGGCUGUUGCAAAUGCUGCUGCGAAUACUGCUCAUAUUAAUCGUCAAAUUGCUAGAACUCUCCAGCAGACCGGUGAAGCAGUGAGAAGAAGCCUCGAAGCAGCUAAUCAAGACGUAAUAGAAGCAUUCCAAAGCCCAGGCAUUUGGGGGAAAUGAGCAUACAUUUCGGAAGACAGUGAGUUUAGCAUUGCAGAACGCUCUUUUUAGUUAAAAAAUCAACACUGGAAAAUAUGCUGUGAAAUAAUAAAAAUCCGUAUAUGUAUGUAAAUAACCGCUAUGAGUAUAAUAAAAAAAAAUCUGUUAAAAGAUCAUUAAGAUUGUUAAAAUUUUAAUAAAGAAAUUAUGACUUGGUUGCUGGAUAUUUGUUUAGUAUUUAGUAAAAUUACAUUAAA